ACUUUUUAGAUCGAGACAAAGAAAACCCCACACUGGCGAAAGCAAGGUCCUCAUCAAAGUGACCGUUCUGCGCGAUGAAUUAAAUAGUUUCCUCGAAGUGGGGCUUUUUUUUAUAGCGUUGAAAGUGUUGAUCGAACUGAAAUGUGCAAGCACGUCUUAAUUCACCAAAAAAUGAGAAAAGAGUCAGUGCAGAUAAUCUGAGUGAAGGAUGCAGUGAGGAUGCAGACACCAGCAACGCCCUCCAGGAAAAGGCAAGGGCUAUAUAAGUGGGAGGGACGAGAAGUGAGGUUCACUUCUUCCUUCCCGCUGACAAGCGGUGGGCCAGCUCUGUGGCCAGCUCCUUCCGCGACCGCGCGACGCUGCCAUCUCGCUGCAACGCCGGAGCGCGGCUUCUCUGCGGAGGUGGGAAAGGCACGGCAGCUGCUCGCGCUGAGAUGACUGUCAGCGUCCUUCACUGAAUCAGUCUACUUUUUUUUUUUUAAUUGUAUGCCGAGUUUUCUUUUUUUCCCCCUUUUAUCUUUUUCGUCGUUCAAUUGCAAAAAAGCAAAAUAAAAUUUACCUCAUGGAGCCGAACCCCAGCGCUCGCGAGGAGGGGGCGCCGGCCCCGGGUGGCACAAGCCCCGAGGAAGCCGCGGUUCCGAAGCAGGCGGUCACCGACAUGAUGGCACUGUUCACUCGGUUUGGUAAAACACUCCUGUGGCUCAUGCCGAUUUAUCUGACCGGCUACUUCGGGUUGAGUGUGAGUUUUCUGGUUUUCGGACUGAUACUGUGGAUGGGCUGGAAAAUGCGGAGGGAGAGCAAGUGGAACAAACUGAGGGACAGCUUGCACUUCUUGGAGAACGAAGAGACCGUCACCAGGAAAAGGAUAAACAAGAGCCUUCCAGCCUGGAUCAACUUCCAAGAUCUCGAACGUGUAGACUGGUUAAACAAGGUUUUGCAGCAAGCAUGGCCAUUUGUUGGCCAAUACCUGGAGAAGCUGUUGGUAAACUCCAUCGCUCCCAUUAUUCGGAGUUCAAACAAUCACCUACAAACAUUUGCCUUCACCAAAGUCUGCUUUGGAGUGAAGCCUUUGAAGAUUCAUGGAGUACAGGUGCAUGCAGGUGCAGACAAAAGGCAGGUCUUGCUUGACCUGCAUAUCAGUUACAUUGGUGACUGUGAAAUCAAUGUUGAAGUAAAGAAGUAUUUCUGCAAAGCUGGAGUGAAUGGUAUCCAGCUCCAUGGAAUGCUCCGUGUGAUCCUUGAGCCCUUAAUUGGAGACAUGCCAUUGGUGGGAGCAGUGACCUUGUUCUUCAUCCGCCGCCCAGUGCUGGAGAUUAACUGGACAGGACUCACCAACUUCCUGGAUAUUCCAGGGCUGAGUUCAAAGUCUGACACCGUACUUAUGGACACCAUCGCCUCUUUCCUGGUUUUGCCAAACCGGAUUACCUGCCCUCUUGUUUCAGAUCUCCAUGUGGCUGAACUCCGUUCUCCUUUGCCUCGGGGAAUAGUACGGAUUCACCUCAUUGAAGGGGCAAGUCUGGAGUCAAAAGAUACAUAUGUCAAAGGACUCAUCAAAGGAAAAUCUGAUCCAUAUGCAAUUGUACGAGUGGGCACACAGGCAUUCAUGAGCAAGACUGUCAGUGAAACCUUGAAUCCCAAAUGGAAUGAAAUGUAUGAGGUGAUUGUCCACGAAGUUCCUGGUCAGCUGUUGGAAAUUGAAAUGUUUGAUAAAGACCCAGAUCAGGAUGACUUUCUGGGCAGAAUGCAUCUGGAUCUUGGGGAAGUGAUGAAGAACCAAAUUGUGGAUGAGUGGUUCACUCUAAAGGAUGUGGAGAGGGGAAAAGUUCAUCUGAAACUGGAGUGGCUGACCUUGUACUCUGACCCAGCAAAACUGGAGCAGGCACUUCGUGUAAAUAACUCCAUUGUUGCACAGAACAGUGAGGAACCCUCUGCUGCCAUUAUGGUUGUCUAUGUGGACCAAGCACAGGAUCUCCCGCUAAAGCAAGGAACAAGAGAACCGAAUCCUUUGGUACAGGCUUCACUAUUGGACAAAACCUUCGAGAGCAAGACUGUAUAUAACACAAAUGCCCCAGCCUGGGAGGAUGCCUUUACAUUCUUUGUUCAGAAUCCACAGCAACAGGAGCUGGAUAUACAGGUUAAAGAUGAUGACCGUCAGUUGAGUCUGGGAUCCCUGUCCCUGUCUCUGUCACAGAUUCUGAUGAGCCCAAAUAUGACCAUUGAUCAGUGGUUCCCACUAGAACACUCUGGACGUAACAGCCAAAUUUAUUUGAAAAUCAUAAUGCGGGUGCUUGUUCCCGAUGCUGUUGAUCUUGAGAAAAUUCCCAGAGCUCGGAAAUCUACAAUGGACAAAGUACCGGGGUCAUCCAAGCCUGACAAGAUAAAUGCGACUACUUCUAAGUUAGUGGAGGCCUCGGGAUUGGGGGGCCUGAUUCAAGUUCCCUUACCGACUGAAAGCAGUGCUCCCUGCAGUGUGGGGACUGAGGGGGUGAUCCGCAUUCAUUUGUUGGAAGCUGAGAACCUGAUCGCAAAGGACAACUUCAUGAUGGGAAUGGUGAAAGGGAAGUCUGAUCCCUACGUCAAAGUGAGAGCAGGAGCCCAAAGCUUCCGAAGUAGAACUAUUAAAGAAAACCUCAAUCCCAAGUGGCACGAGUUGUACGAGGUGAUUAUAAAUCAAAUUCCUGGUCAGGAGCUUGAGUUUGAGCUCUUUGACAAGGACAUGGAUAAGGAUGAUUUCCUCGGAAGAUUGAAGAUCACCUACAAGGAUAUCAUGAAGAGUAAAUUUAUGGAUGAGUGGUUCAUGCUAAACGAUGUCAAAUCGGGAAAACUUCAUCUGAAGUUGGAAUGGUUGCCACCAAGUAUGGAUUCGAUCAUGUUGGACCAGGUGCUUCAAGCCAACAAGACCAUUUUCACACAGAAUGAGGCGGAACCAUCUGCUGCCAUCUUGUCCGUCUACGUGGACAGAGCACAUGAGCUUCCUCUGAAGAAAGGAAAGAAGCUUCCCAGUGCACUGGCUCAGCUCACUGUCGAUCACACCACAUUUAAAAGUCAGAUUAUUAAUAGCACAGCCAUACCUAUUUGGGAGGAGUCGUUUUCAUUCCUUGUUAGGAAUCCAAAUGCAGAUCGUCUGGAAGUUCAGGUUAAAGAUGACAAUCACACCCUGGGGACUCUUACCAUUCCAAUCACUGAACUGCUGGUCUGCACGAAUCUGACCUUAGAUAAGUGGUUUCAGCUGGAAAAUUCAGGACCCAAUAGCCAAAUUAUGUUGAAGGUUAUUCUUGGGAUCCUAGUUUCUGAGCAUUCCAGCGAGCUUUUCUCAAUUCAGACUCGAGAUCCAACCGGCCACAAGGUGGAAAAUGUGGCAUUCUCAGCUUCAGCGGGUGAUGAGAGUGAACUGAAAGCUGCUUCAUCAUUGGUUAAUGAUCCCAGCAUCCAUUCAGUGGCCUCCUUUACUUCAGAGCAAAAUGCCAACAUUCCAGAGAGCGAGUCAGCAUCAUCUGAACUGGAUCUGCGUCAGAGAAUGAAUCGCAAAAUGGAUGUUUCAGAGUCGCCACAAAUCAAGCUGACACUGCUGUAUAGCAUGCAACAACAAAGACUGCUGCUUGUAGUGCAUUCCUGCAGGAACCUAAGACUCCAUUCCAGGGAGAUCCCGGACCCGUAUAUCUCUCUAAUUCUGCUCCCUGACAAAAAUAAAGUGACAAAGAGAAAAACAAGUGUGAAGAAGAAAACAAUUAAUCCGGAAUAUAAUGAAACAUUUGAGUUUGAAAUAUCGUUGGAGGAAGCAGAGAAGAAAAAGCUGGACCUCACUGUAAAAAACAAUGUUUCCUUUAUGUCCAAAGAGAUUGGAAAGCUCCAUGUUGAUCUUUCACUGCUUGACCUGAGUCAGGAGAUAGUGCAGUGGUUCGAUUUGAAGGAAGAAUAAUAUGAUACUGUUGCCUUAACAAGCCCAUCGUUCAGUUUGGUUUAUGACCAACUAUUUUUAAAUUGUUUUGCUUCCACUGAAGUAUAUUGUGCCGCUUUAAGUAUUAUGUUCAAUUUUUUUUAAAUGGCUUUUAUAUUCAUUGUUCAUGUUUUAGCUUUAAUUCACAAAGAAAUUCCAAAGACUAUAAUCGGAGUAUUAAGUAAGUCACUGCUCAUUCUGUUUACUAUAAUUCUCGUUUGAAAACUGUUAUCAUGAUUCAGCAUUUUAUGUUGCAUAAGGUCAAUUCUAAGGGCACGUGGUUGUGUUUGUCUCUUGGAAACUGUUUAUUUUCUUCUCAGAUCCAUUGGGAUGGAAGUGAACAAUAACAUCCUAUAUGGGAGAUCCUGCUAAGGGUUUUUUUCUCCUAAGGAUUUCAAAACUGCUUGCCAUUUAAUGGAGACUGGGCAGGCUCACCAGAAGGAUAGCUGGUGUGAGAAAUGGGUGACUGGUGCAGAUGAAACAUAUGCAUGUGGGAGUGAGGCAGAACUAACGUGGUAGCUUCAUUAUGGAUCUAAAUUGUGCAAUUCUUGAUAAACAAGUAGUGGAAAGCAGUUUUGUCAACAAGACUUAAAAUAAAAAUUAAGAUAAUCUAAAAUGACAACCUCCAUCGCAUGAAAUGGAAGACAAAAUUCUAUUUUUAAAGUCCAUAAGAUAUAAUACAAGCAUUGUUCAAAAAGAGUUUAAUCACAGAUUAAAUCUGAACAUUAGACCCAUCAUUAUCCUGACGGGGAGAUGUGCUAGUGCUACUUGGGAACAUGUAAACUAGUCUGGCAGGGAGGAGAGACCCAAACAAAUACAGCCUGAUAUAGAUGUUAAUGUGGGUGAAUUUAGUAGAUAGGAAAAGCAAGGAGCGAGGAGGUCAAAACAGCAUUUAUUUCAUUGGAAGAAGCCUGCCGGAUAUGUGGAAUUGUGUUUCCAGGAAAGUAAAAAAAAAAAAAUCCAAUACAGACACCCCUAUUUGUGAGGGGACAAUUUAAGAACUCAGGAACAAGACGGCAGGUGACUGAAGUGCCAUUUUUGGACCAGUGACCAUAAAUCUAUUAACGUAUAAAAUAGUUAUGGGGGAAAAAAACAGGUUUUGAAGGUAUUAGACAGGAACUUGCAGAGUUUGAUUGAGAGAUACUGUUCACUAGUAAAGGGAUGUCUGGCCAGUGGGAAGCUUUUAAAGGUGAGAUGGAGAGAGUUCAGGGACAGCGUGUUUCUCGUGGAGUAAAAGGCAAGGCUGGCUGGUUAAAGGAGCCCUGGUUGAUGAGGGAUAUUGAGGCGCUCAUCACCAAAAUGGAGAUAUAUUUUGGUAUAGGCAGCUGGAAUCAAACAUAUCCCUUAAAAGAAUGUCAGGAUUAUAAGAGUAUAGAGUAAGGGGGAGAAAUCACGAUGACAAAAAGAGAAAGUGUGAGCUCUGACAGACAAGAUCAAGGUACAUUCUAAGAGAUUCUACAGGCAUAUCAAGAGAAUAAGGUCCCUUUAAUUAUCAAAAUUUUCAUAUGCUGAAAUCAAAAGAAUUGUUGGAAACGAGUAGUUACAAAAAGCCUACUCUUUAUAUAUGAAGCCUGGAAGGGGGGGGGGAGGGUUCUGGGGAGACAUCCUCAGCAAUAUAACAGCACUGGUAAUACUGACUGGGCAAAAGUACACUGUAACCCAUCCUACCCACUGUAGUUUGGAUCAAUUUCAACAUCAAUCAAAAAGUGUUCAAAGAUUUUAACAAGUCAGUAAGUAAAAGAACAACAUACUAACAAGCAAAGCUGUGCAGCCACUGGAAAUCAGCAAUUAAAAACUAAAAACAUUGGAAACCCUCAGCUGGUCAGGCAGCAUCUGCGAAAAAAGAGAUAAUGUUUCAGAUCAAAGAUUCUUUACUGGAUCAAAUUAUUAAGAGAAGUGAAAGUAUUCUUUGAUAGGUUUAUUUACCAUUACUAUGUUAUUAACCUGACAAAAUCAGUAAUCUAUUGGAAAUAUGCCUGAAGCCAAGUACUGGGGCUCACCAGAUCAUACACCGGGUCCCAUACCAGGUGAAGUACCAGUGAGCUGUCAAUUCCAUUUAGCUGUCUCAUGCCACUUAUCUAUACUCUCCUUCCCAAAAUCUCAGCAAGCUCAAAGGUUCUGUGGACAGAAUGGAGAGAGGAAAAAGGAAGCAGCAAACACAACCAAGCAGUGGCCAUUUUAUUGUGUAAACAGGAACAUGUAAUAUCUUCCAAAUAGAUCUGGUAAAUAUCUAUUCUUUGGCAAACUUAAGGAUCAAAAACUGAAUGGUGAUCACUUUUCCUCUCACAUCCUAACGUAUUGAAUGGGCUUACUCCAGGUUUGAGGCAGGCAUUCAGAACGCCCAGCUGCUAAUCUGAAAGUUCCAAUUACUCGAGUGGUGGUUAGAAUGCUAGAUGUUGUCUGGAAAAUUAGCCCAAACCAACCCCCGUCCUAAAAAUUAGGCAACAGGCAGCCACUGAUGCAUAAGGAUAGCCAGCAACUGGAAUAUCUUUAUACCUUUAACCAACCAGCCUUUUCUCAAAUUCCAGAAUUUUUCAGUGUUGAUGUGCCUAGACACUUAAUUGUGGGGUGAAAAAGACCAUUGCCCCUUUUUUUAAAUCAGAGCAAUUUGAGAGCCUUUUUCUGGUUAGCUCUUCUAGAAUACCAGUUGAAGUAUUCCAGUAAAAAAGGGGGACUCAGUAAUCCAGGCAUGAGAUUUCUCCGUGGACUUCGAAAUUCGGUUAAAAAAAAAAAUCUGUCUAAAUCUCUGCUAUAAAUGGCUUUCCGCGAGACAGCGAGCCGCUGCGCUGAUGGUUGAGCGCAUGGAAAUCCUCGGAGUCGAUUUUAGCGGAAAGCGUGUAAACGGGUGCGGGCCGACCGUCUUUGCAUGUGCAUCUCUACGGCUAGCGGUCAGCUCCGCACAUGUAGUGUAGUGGUUUUCCUCUGUCCCCUAGGCCUACUGUACCGGGGUUGGGGCGGGGAGCAGAGUUAUGUACACAAACACAACGCUCACAUUGCAUUCAAGAGUCUAUGUCAUAGACACUACUAUGUUCUUUUUUUUAAAUACCCGAUUCAAUCAGGUAAAAUGUGUUAUUGUAAGGUAUAAAAAAAAUUUUUAAUACAGUAUAAAUUAUGGGUAAACAAGCAAGAAAAUUGUGUCAUUUCAAGGUAUAAUUAUCAAAACAUUAUCCACAAUUUUCUGUGUAAAGGAUACUUCUUUCUAAUUAGAGUAAACCAGCAAGGAACAGGUAUCAUGUUACAAGUAGGUGUAAUAUAAAAUAUUUUCAAUAUGACGAGUGUAAACAAGCAAGGAGUUGGUGUCAUUUUAAGGUAUGAUUAUCACAAAUUUUCUGUGUAAAUUAAGUGACAAGCAAGUAAAAUGUGUUAUUUUAAGGUACAAUUUAAAAAUAUAUAUAGUAUAAAUUAAGGGUAAACAGGCAAGACUCAUUUCAAGGUACAAUUAUCAAAAAUUUGAUAAUUGAGAUCCUCAUCUCUCUUCCUCUGUUUUCAGUUUUUUCCUGUCUCAUGCCUGGUAAUUGUUAAAAUAUAUAUAUUUGGGCAGGAGUGAACAUUUUGACAAUUAAAAUAUUUUGAUUGAUAUUCCUCUUUAAAGUCUGCAAGCUACUGUCCCUCCAGUGAAUGAUGGAACCACGGCACGUCCCUGUAAAGACCACUUUACUGUAAAUAAAUUAAAACUGAAGUUGAAAGAUUGAGUUAAUGUCCUCAAGAAUGGGAAUAACCAGAAAAUAACUGUCCUGAUGAUUUCCUUAGCUUAUUCCCAUGGUUUAACCAACUGGUCAGGAACAACAACUUUACAUAUGCCUUGUACUGUAUAUUCACAUCUUACAGCUCACAAAUAUAACAAGUCUAAAUGAAAAUGAAAAUAAACAUGAACAAAUUUCCACAGUGCAAUGUUUUAACAUUAGGUUAGAUACCGACCUAAGUUUUCAGCACUGAAAACGUAUCUCACAUUAUCAAAAUGUCAUAAUAUACGUUUAAAAAUGUGCCCUGUUUCACAUUGUGAUCUCUGCAGCCUGAGCUCUAUUGACAUUCAGUAGUUAUCACAAACCCAAGGACGGAAGUAUUCUAAUUAUGAAACACCCACACGCUUCAGUGCAAUUGGCAGCUUUAGUUCUUAAAUCGUCUGGAUAAUACAUGAAAUGAAAUCAGGAAAAGAUGAGCAUUCAGUCCAUCAAUCAACUCACUUCAUCCACCAUUCAUUCAUUAUUUUGUUAAGGACAACCCAUGUGCCCAUACUCUAUGAAGCACAAAAUUGGUCCCUAAACCUUCACUAAAAAUACCAAAUCAGCUGUUGCUAUCUCUCCCAACUUAAAUUGCUAUCAAUGUAGCUCCUUUUAAAAGUUAAUUAAAUCACCUCCACCAAUUGAGGACAUUGUGCGUGUCCAUUUUUAACUAGUUGUUAAAAAAAAGGGAUUGAGGUUUAAUGGUUAACAAUUUGGAAAUUCUGUAACAUGAAUACAAAAUCUCAGAUAGUAUGUAAAAGCCAUUGGUGUAAUUAUGCAUCCAUGAAACAUCAGUUGAAAUUCAAAGUUCUUAUUUAAUGUUCAGAGGUGCAAUUGCCUUGUAUUCCCACAAGGUGUUGCUACUAUGCUUUCUAAUUACAGACUGAAAUUACCAUGCUUCCAGAUGACAGAUCUGCAUGGCAGGAAGAGGUGGUAUUGCGCUGUUUCUGAAUGCUAAAUAGUAAAUUUGGAUGCAAAUGGAAAGUCAGAAUUAAGCUCUUCCCCCUCAGCCACAUUAUAUCAAAACUAUCAAGCAGAUUUUUCUUUUUUUUUUAACUCCAUUUUAAUUUCAGGAAAAAAACGUGUUAAUAUCCAUUAUGUUUAGAAAAACGAAAUCCCUGUCUCAGUUAAAUUAAUGACACUUUA